AUGGUGACGGGAUGGAUGGAGUAUAAAGCCCGCUGCCGGCGGGGGCCCCGGGAUUCUCCCGCCAUGCUCAGACCGCGGGAUCUCCGCCGCAGCUCGGGCACCCGGACCUUCCUGGAGGCCAUGCACGGGGGGAAGGUGCACCUGGCCCGCUUCGUGCUGGACGCGCUGGACCGGCGGAUAGUGAACUCCCCGGCCGGGGAGCAGGGCCGCACUCCGCUCAUGUUCGCCGUGUGCCUGCGGGAGGCCGAGCCCCGGGCCAGCUUCGUCCGCCUGCUGCUGGAUAAAGGGGCGGCGGUGAACGGGCAGGACGGGGCGGGCCGCACGGCGCUCAGCCUGGCCUGCGAGCUCGGACACCUGGACGCCGUGAAGCUGCUGGUGCAGCGCAGCGCGGACCCGGAGAUCGCGGACCGGGCCGGGAACACGGCCCUCAUGUACGCCGCCUCGUGCGGCCGCAGCGCCGAGCUCGCCUUCCUGCUCCGCUCCUACAAACGGUUCGGCCUCCGCCUGGACACCACCAACCGGGCCGGGCUGUCCGCCCUCGGGGCCGCGCGGGGGGCCGGGCACCGGGAGUGCGAGCGGGUGCUGAGCGGCGGCCGGUCCCCGCAGAGAGAGGGGCCCCCGGGGGCCACCGUGCGCAGCCCCAAGCCGCUCUCCCGGCAGGUGCUGGAGCGGUUCUCCCGGCCCUUCUCCCAACGCCCCCCGGUGUCACCCGGCCAGGACCCCCCGGGCUCCAACAUGCACCGGGCUCACAGCUGGGAAGGGCCCGGGGGGAGCUCCGCUCACUGCAGCCGCCUCCUCCGCCGGGUCACCUCGCCAGACUUCUGCCAGGGGCUGCCCGGGGGCAUCCUGCCCAACUACCCCGGGGACCGGCUCCGGAGGGAGAGGAGGGACAGCAACUGCAGCCGCAGCCAACUCAUCCUGCCCGGCAGCGGCCAGCCACUAGCCCUGUGACUGGAGGGAGCCACCGGCCAGCAGCUGGGUACUGGGGGCAUCACCUGAGACAAAGGGCAGGAGCCACUGCCAGGCAAUCCUUAAUCUGAUGGACUAACCUUUAACCUAUGGGGCAUGGCACUGCCAGGCAAUCCUUAAUCUGAUGGACUAACCUUCAACCUAUGGGGUAUGGCACUGCCAGGCAAUCCUUAAUCUGAUGGACUAACUUUCUACCCAUGAGGUAUGGCACUGCCAGGCAAACCUUAAUCUGAUGGACUAACCUUCUACCCAUGGGGUAUGGCACUGCCAGGCAAUCCUUAAUCUGAUGGACUAACCUUCAACCUAUGGGGUAUGGCACUGCCAGGCAAACCUUAAUCUGAUGGACUAACCUUCAACCUAUGGGGUAUGGCACUGCCAGGCAAACCUUAAUCUGAUGGACUAACCUUCAACCUAUGGGGUAUGGCACUGCCAGGCAAGCCUUAAUCUGAUGGACUAACCUUCUACCCAUGGGGUAUGGCACUGCCAGGCAAUCCUGAAUCUGAUGGACUAACCUUCAACCUAUGGGGUAUAGCACUGCCAAGGACACUUACCUAGUACUAGAGGGAGCCACUGACUGGCUGCUGUGCAUUUGUGGCAUCACCUGAGAGCAGGAGCCACAGCCAGGCAAUCUUUUCAUCUGAGCCUAACCUUAUACCCAUGGGUUAAACUACUGCCAGGGACACUAACCUAGGACUGAAGACAACACUUCACUGACGGCCUGACCAUAUACCCAUGGGGUAUGACCUAGGAGUGGAGGCAACAGUUUUAUCUGAUGGACUAACCUCAUAGACAUGGGUUAAGUUACUACCUGAUGGACACUUUUUAUACAAGAUGCAGUCAUAUCUUACCUGAUGGGCAGGUAGCCACAGGGAAUAAGGUACUUGAAAAGCAUUCUGCCCAAGAGAAGAGGAGCUGCCAUGCUAGGUGUCAACAUAUCUUCUACCCACACACUGCCAUGCUAGAUCUGGACAUGCCUUCUACCCACACACCACCGUGCUAGAUCUGGACAUGCCUUCUACCCACACACCACCGUGCUAGAUCUGGACAUGCCUUCUACCCACACACUGCCGUGCUAGAUCUGGACAUGCCUUCUACAAAGAACUCCUACUACUCACAGACAGACUUUCUACCCACUGGAAUAAGUACUGUUGUAGACACAACUUUACAUUACUGCAAGGAGAGAUGCUAUGUGGCUAACUGGCAGCUAUAUGUGACCAACAUGAUUUGUCAAACAAAGAUUGACCUGCAUCUAUUUAAUGGAGUGAAAGAGUGAGUGUGCAGCAGAUCUGGAGUUUAUGAAAAGUGCAAUUUAAAUGGCACCAUCAAGCACCAGGAGAAGCAUUCUUUGGUAAAGGGUUACAGGAUAGGUGAGGUAGUCAUGAACAUAUAAGUUUAUUCUAUACCGGACUGGCAAAAAAACACAACACUGGUAUAGUGCUAAUGAUUUCUAAAAGAAUAAUGACAUUUUCUAGGGAAAGGUGCAAUGGCCUGGAAAUAUUAAUGUAAAGUUACUUAAGUGCCUUGUGGUGGAUGUGAAAGGUACAAGAUAAAAAAAAAAAAAAAGGUACCUGAUCCGUCUGAAAAGAACCAAAGAAAGGACAAAACCAUACGGGUCUUCUUGUAUAAUUGCCUAAUGGUAUGACCUUAAAAAGACAAAUCAUUUUGAAAUUCAUAUGAUGAGAACAGAUUCACUUCUGUGAAAUGAAUAACAGAUGAAGAGUUCAUCGCUAUGUAUGUAUUUAGACACAUUUAUUGCAGGGUAAGACACACCACUAGGUUUUGUUUAUAAAAGGGUAGAGAGCAUUGCUAGAACAUCUCAAAAAUCUAAGUUGUCCUCCACAAAACACUGGGAAUGCUUAUUCAGUAAACAUUAAACCCAAAAAAAAAAAAAUUUGAAAAUUUUUUUUUUUUAGGCCAAAAUAACUUAAAUGAGAGUUUGCCAGAUUUCAGCAUUGAGUUUAGUGAAUAAACACUUUUUAAUUGGGAAUGUUCAAGAACUGACAAGUCCAACUUUUUGGCCAAAUUGCAAAACCAUCAUGAUACUCAAAAAAAAAAAAAAAAAAAUACAGAAUGGUAAAGUUAAAUAUACCCACAGAAAUUGGGUACUUUAUAAAAUAUUGGCAAAUAGUGGUUAGCCAACAAAUGGUAUGGUUAGCCUGCACAAUGGAAAAAAAGGGACACUGUAUGAUGGUCUUAUAUUACCAAUAUAACCAAUGCAAAGACACAAAGCAUCAUUGGCGUUGUAGUUCUACAUCAUGUGGGGAUCUACCUUUUGGGCACCCCUGCUUUACACAUACUAAAAAGGCACACUCUUAAGUACGUUUUUACUUUAGUCCUUCCAUGUUCAUUGCCGUGUCUGAUUAACGUAUGUGCACUGUUAACUAGUAACUAUCGCAGUUUGUGCUAGAUUGUCUCCUAAAACACAAAUUUGGGUUAUCCAGAAAAAAGUGUGAAUUGUCGAUAAUUCAAAGAGAAAUUUAAUUUUGAGGGUAAGAUAACCAAAGUGAAAACAUUAUUGUACAUACUCUGGUUAUUUUUAACUUACAAUUUACUUUGGGUUCUCAAGAAUUCAUUGAUUAGUGAAUAGCCUUGAAAUAUACGAUCAUUUUCAAAGUGAAUUUUCCAUUGGAGCCUACCAGCAUCCCAGAUGUUUAUUACUAUGGCAACAGAAGUAGUUAGACUUUGCAUUCAAGAGUGGUUAUGUUUUUGGGUUGGUUUAGUAACAGAUUUUUUUUUAAUUUUUUUUUUUUUUUUAAAGAGGAUAUCCCUUUAUACAGGGUUAUUCAAUAAAAGUUAGAACUGUCUAAAAUUCAGAGUCAACUUUGAAAUUUAAGGCUAAACUGUAAAAAUUCACCAAGUCCGUUAUGCUUCCAGAUCAGCUACAUUGAAUCUUAAGUUUGAAAAUUUACUUUAAAUUCACAACGAAUUUGACAAUUUUCACUUAAGUGAAUAAGCCCAGUAGUGUAUUUUUUUUUUACACUUUUCUAUUAAUAUCUAUAUUCAAAUCUUUAAAUAUUUUGUAUAAAUGUAUGACAUACUACCUAUUUAUAAACCAUUAAACAGAUAUUAAUACAUUAUCCACAUGAUGUAACUGAAGAAUAAGAAUUGUGAAUUCAAUCGUUUUAUAAAAUAAGCACUUUCUUAAAAAGUUUGAGAGGGUAAUUUUACAAAAUCAAAUCUGCCUUGUAGAAUUGUAGGAAUUGUUCACAAAGUGAAAAAUAAAUAAAAUUAUGAAUUUCUUUAA